CGUUUUUUAUGCUGCUGCGGUUGCCGAUAAAGUUAUUAUAGACUUAAUUCAAGAACAGAUAUACGGCAUAAAGAGGUGAUAUAUGGUGGGAAUUUUUGGAACACUAUUUAGCUAAGUAACUAAAGAAGAUGUAUUAAAAACGUACAGAGCAAGAAUGUGUUCUAGAUCUGAGCAUCGUUUAUUUUAAUACAUACUUGAAACUGGCAUUGUUAUUGGUUUCUUAAGUGCCAAAUUCGACACGACGACAGGCAUGUUUCAGAAAAGGUAAAGUCUAGGAAUUUCUUUUUUUGCUAUUGUGAAUAGUCAAUUAACUAUAACGCCGAGUUUUUACGGAAUCAGUAUAGCAAAAGAGCUACUCGAAUCGAAUCUGUAAAGUGCAUUUUCAAAUACACUAGACGCAGGAGGCAUAUAUCCCCUGCAAUGCCCUGCCAAUGGUGAUAUAUUUAAUUAAAUUAACAUUCCUUUAAUUUAAUAUACACGAAGUUCUAGUUUAAGAGUGAUCAAUGUUUCCAUCUUACUUCAGAGCUGUAAUUGAUCAUACGAUCAUACAUUGACUUGACAAAGACUAUUUUUGUGCUAAAAUCUUCUUUCGUUUACGGAAUCCGUGGGCGAGUUCUGGCAUCAGACUUUAGACUUGUUAAAGGUUAUUUAGGUAAAUUGUUGCAAAAUAAUUUUGCCAGGCAAUAGAUGUCCUUGAUGAUUCAUGCCGGCUUGCCAGAAAAGCUAUUAAUUGCGCAAGCUGUGGCAUAGAGUUUUUUCCGAGGGGCAAUUCACUCCAAAAAUCCCGUACACUUCGUCAAAAAAUCCGGAAAAAAUCCAGAAAAAAUCCAUGAAAUCCUCAAAAUCCGUCGAAUCCAUCAAAAUCCGAAAAAUCCUUUAAAAACCACAGAAAUCCUUCAAAAAUCCACAGAAAUCCUUCAAAAUCCUCAAAAAAAUCCGCAAAUCCACAAAAAAUAUAUGAAGUACUUGGUGUAAUUUACUCGUAAAGGUUCUUUGCCACGUUCAAAAUGGCGGACAGCGAAAGCUAAACGCUUAAUACCGUGAUCGCUGAUUCGCUGUCAUUAUAUUUCGUAAUUAUUGGACCACUCUACAUUUCCAUUUAUACGUUCGAGUAUAUGCUAAGCUUUUUUAGCCUAUUACUACUAAAUAUGUGUUCUUGUUGCAAUGACGUUAUGUUGUAAAAUAUAAUUACAAAACCAAAAGUUAUUCUCUUUUACUGUUUUUGAAAGAAUAAUGAACUUGUUUGAAUUUUAAACAAAAUGACUGCAUGCCCAGUCUUCGUUAGUUUCUGAAGGCUGUGGUCCUAGUCCCAGUCCUCUGCUCGACCCUGACGUCCUGGCAUAACGUUGACGUCGUACAACUUAAGAUUAUUUGUUCAAAACGUUACCUAGCUCUAUAACUCUAUAAUUUAAAAAAAAUCCAGAAAAAAUCCGAACAAAUCCGGAAAAUCCAAACAAAUCCGGAAAAUCCAACAGAUUUUCAAAAAUCCAGAAAAAUCCGGAAAAUCCGAACAAAUCCGGAAAAUCCAGCAAAUUUUCUCUUCAAAAAUCCGCUAAAAAAUCGGGGAAAAAUCCGCUAAAUCCGCUAAAAAAUCCGCGGAUUUUUAAAAAUCCGAAAAUCCCGUACGCUUUUUUGGAGUGAAAUGCCCCUCGGUUUUUUCGGCAGAUUUCAGAAGGUUUCUGACUUCGGACUUUGAAUUCAUCGGGAAUUUAAUGGAUAGUGCGUUUGUAUAGAGGUUUUCAUCAAUCGCGAUCAAUCAAAUUAUUCUGUUCCAGGUAUAAUGAUGUUUACACACAAAGGCCUUACAGGAGCAGCCAUAUUACAUUACAUUUACAGCAAGUCAUAGGUUUCCACGGAUCUCUUCUGACGUAUCGGGCACAGGGCCGGAUUAACGUUCCGCGGGGCCCGUGGCAUAUUAUCAGCGCGGGGCCCCUUGACCCCCCCCCCCCAACGGCAUCUUAGACACUGAAUUCAGUCAGAUUAAAAAAAUAUUCUGUUGCAUUUCAUGCGUUGAAAAAUUUCGUUUUGUAUUUAGAAAAGAAAAAAUAAUUAUACAUCAAUAAUUUGAUUGAAUCCGAAAUUCAACCCAGUUUAUACCAUUAACAUUAUUAUUAUUUACAGAGGAAAAAUAGCUAAACAUGAUAGCGUCCAUGUAAACUUCUUCCGUUUUCCACAAAAUUCAGCAAUCUAGUAUUUAACAGUUUACUGCAAAUUUUAAAAUUUUCUGACCCCUAUGAUUUUUUGGCCUCGCUUUUUGGAGCCCGUUGCCCAAAGAAGUAACAAAAAAAUUUGUUUGCGGCCCUGCUUUUGGAGCCUCGUUUAAAACUUUGGGGCUUCGCUUUUUUUAUUUUGGGGCUUCGUUUUUGGGGGCCUUGGACUCUUUGGGACCCCGCGCUGAAACAGAGAACAAAAAAAAACGUUUGGGGCCCCGCUCUUUCGGGUCUAGAUUUUUAAAUUUUGAGGUCUGAAGUCUUUCUGGGGACCUUGGGCUCUUGGGGGCUACGCGCUGAAACAAAGAAGAAAAACGUUUGGGGUCUCGCUUUUUAAAUUUUGGGGGACUUGGGCUCUUUGGGGCCCCGCACUGGCGCACUGUUUGGGCCCCGCUCUGAAACAGGGAAAAAAACGUUUGGGACCCCGCUUUUUGGGGCCUCGCUUUUUAAAUUUUGGGGGACUUGGGCUCUUUGGGGGCCUUGGACUCUUUGGGGCCCCGCGCUGUUUGGAUCCCGCGCUGAAACAAGGGAAAAAAACGGUUUGGGGCUGCGCUCUUUGGUGUCUAGAUUUUUAAAUUUUGAGGUCUGACAUCUUUCUAGGGACCUUGGGCUUUUUGGGGCCCCGCACUGUUUGGGCCCCGCGCUGAAACACUGAAACAAGAGGAAAAAAGUUUGGGGGCCCGCUUUUUGAGGCCUCGCUUUUUAAAUUUUGGUGGACUUGGGCUCUCUGGGGCCCCGCACUGGCGGACUGUUUGGACCCUGGUUUGGACCCCACGCUGAAACACUGAAACAUGGGGAAAAACAAAAAAAAAACAACGUUUGGGGUCCCGCUUUUAGGGGCCUCGCUUUUUAAAUUUUGGGGGACUUGGGCUCUUUGGGGCCCCACUGCCGCACUAUUUGCAUGGGCCCCGCGCUGAAACAGAAAACAAAAAAUUCGGAAUAAAAUAGCAGAGAGUGAGCGCGGGGCCCCCAAAAGCGCGGGGCCCGCGGCAUAUGCCGCUUCUGCCAUAUGGUUAAUCCGGCACUGAUUCGGGCACCGUUUAAUCUAUUAUUAUUAGUAGUAAUAAAAAUAUAAUGGAUUUAUUUACACGUUCAAUAGUAAUAGCUAAACUACAACAUGUUUACACCAAAAUAUAUUAGGAUUAAUUACGUCACUUAAAAUAAGUCAAUAUAGAGACCAAAUUGACUAAACUAUUUAACUAUAAAACUAUACAAGUUAUAUGUAAUGUGCAUAUAAAAAUCUCUAACGAUCUAAUUUAGAAUUUUAAAGGGGCCCUACAGUCAUUUUUUAGUCGAAAAGCCACCUUAAGUAGGGGACUCCACGGAGAUUCGUUUCGCUGUAUCUUACAUGCAGUAUCCAUGAGUAUGAGUACUUCCGCACACCGGAAGACGCAUAUGCAUGCCGUGGUUGCGUAUGUCGAGUAGCGACAAUAACAAAAAAAUGUAAACAAUACUUAAGGUGGCUUUUCGACUAAAAAAUGACUGUAGGGCCCCUUUAAUUUAUUAAGACGUUCAGUUUUACAAAAAAAAGUUGCAAAUCUUUUGACCAUUUGACCUGGUUAUGUCCCUAUAUUAUCAUUCAGUUGUUUUGGUAAUAGACCGUAAGUCUUUGCGAUGGUUCUAGCAUUGUCUUCAAUUAACGAGGUAGAUAAUUUAUUCCUGCGUUCUUCCAAGAACUAAUAUAGUAAUAAACAGUCAAUGCUUGUCAAUGUCGUUUUCCAUGCACUUCAAGCGUACCGUAUACCGAAAUGUAUCAAAAACAUUUGAAAAUUAAAAAAAAUUAGCAAAUGUUGAUUUCGUAAUUACGGUACAAUCGAAUACUAAAAAUCACUUUUGGAGGUACCAUUAUAUAGCUCCUUAAGAUUUUCAAUAAAGAUAAAGACUCUUGAAUCUCUUAGUUAUGUAUUCGGUGGUCGUAUCUAAUUUUGAGGUCUUCUUUCCAUAUUCCUAAUAAUUUAUAUAACAAUUUCACACUAGAAUUUACGCCACUGGCGUAACGGGGGAAGAGGGGGCCCUUAGGUAUAUUUGGUGUGGGUGCCCCUUAUAUUUAUAUUGAAUAUUUAUAGAAUGUUCUGGAAACUUCCGUGUCUAUAACAAUAACAAUUAACAACAGUCUCCAACUCACGCAACAGCUAAUAACUGAAUAACUUUUAAUUUGUUUUAUUUGAGAUGGAAUAAAUGAAUCAGCUACCGUUGUCGAUGGAAGCUUUGUUAUUUACCAUUAUUAAUUUUGCAUUUUCUCAUGGAUUCUUAACCUGCAAUUUUUUACGUUUUCUAAUUUAUGGGCGAUAGGUCGUGGCUGAUGGGGACCCUAAUUGUCGGGGUCCCUUAGUUUUUGAACUAACCCUACCUAAUGAGCCAGGCCACAGACGGAAUAUUGGAUUGUCCCCAAAUAGUUAAUUAGUUGAUGGUAUUUCUGACUUAUAUAUUUCUUUAUAUUACAUAUCAUAUCUUUGUGUUUCUUCCCAUUAAGUUCUUUUCUCUCAUCUGUUGCAAAUUAUAAGUUACUACGCUGUUUACAUUUCUUUGAGUAUUACCAACUGAACUACUGUAUAUCUAUGAGAGUCUUCGGGCUGCUUUAAAUUAGGCACAGAGGUGACAAUAUGCGAUUCCGACUAAAGGCUAAUUUCCACUCAGGAAAAUUACCGUGGAUUGGACAAGACAAUUUUUCUCUGUGUUAAAGUCAUUAGUUCCAACCCAGAGCUCACAAGACAAAGAAAAAUUUUCUUGUCCGUUCCAAUCCACGACCACUUUUCCUGAGUGGAAAUUAGCCUUAACAUUUUUAAUCGGACUCGUACUUGCUUAUUUUUUCUCCACUUGGCAUGGAAAACAUGUUAUUCGAUAGCUAAAAGCCUGAUCUUUCCGAAUAUGAAAAAAUGUAUUCAUACGCCAAAUAAUUCACGUACAAUAGCGCGCUGAAGUUAAAUUACCUUUUUUUGAUACACCCUGUAUAAUGGCCCACAACUGCAUGUUGUGGUCGGGUUGAAUAAAACAUUUUUGCUAUCCAAAAUAGUGGACUAUUUCUGAUGAUACGUAGUCAUACUGCAAGACCAGUUCACUGGCAAGACGUGAAUACGCCCAUAAUCCAUUCGGUAUUCUGGCCAUUGGCCUGCAGGCACGAGGCAUGUUUGUGUGCUGAAGCUUCAAUUUUGUUGCAAACAGUUUGGAAUUUAUUCCUAUUUUUCCUUUGUUUCAGGUCGUGUUUGAUAACAAGGCUAAUUCGCGUCCGCCAUAUUAAGUUAGCCCUUGUACUUCAAUCAUUCAUCACAACUGUCGCCGUAAUUUACAUCAUGUACAGCGCAUCAAACUUGGACCAGACAUCGAAAUGGGAAAUCUCAUUUACAGACAAGAGGUGUCAAGGUUGUUGUGUUAUGCAUAACUCCAGUAUACAAGCCAUCGUUGGUGAACGGCAUAUCUCGGAGAAGCUGCACAAGUUCUCUCGCGCUAUACGACAGUAUGAUAUUCCUGUUGAGAUAAUGAACGUCCUGCAUGAGGCUGAACACCUUAUCGAACAAUUUGAACGAGAUCUGAAGCAAUACAAUAAACUAAAAGAUAGUCGUAUGACUCAACUUCAAGAGAAACUUAUUGAGGAAGAUGUUCUCAAAGAACAGGAUCUUGUUCCCAAGGCAAAACCAAAAUGGAAUAAACAACAAAAUAAAAUUUAAAUAGGAAGUCUAACCACAGGAACACGGUCAGGGCCGCCGAGAAGGAAAUAUGGGGGGGGGGGAGGGGGCAGGCAGAGGCCAUUUUGCCCCCGGCCCCAACUCCGAAAGGGGCCCCUAAAAUUUCGUGACACAAGAUAAAUCCUCAGCGCCAAAUAUAUAGUAUGCAAUAAAUCGUAAUUGCAAAACAUCACUUCUCCCGUUAACAUUUAUGACGUCAUAAGGCACUUGGAAAUUUUGUGACGUCAUAGAGACCCUCACCAGCCUCGUACCCAGGCUCUUUAGUGAUUAAGAGCGUUCGGAGCUCUGGGUGAACUAGGCGCGCGGGGAUUCUUGGGUAGACCCAGAGCUCAGAACGCUAUUAAUUACUAAAGAGCCUGGGUACGAGGCUAGACCAGUGGCUAGACCCUCACGACAACCUCUCGGCGGCCCUGCAUGAACACGGUUAACUAAUUUUCUCGUUUGCCAAUUGCAAAGAGGCCGAACUAUGGGAUGCCAAGCACUCUUUCUAUUUUUGUAGAAAUAGUUGCAACAUGUAUUAUAUAAAAAAGUAAUAUGCAUGGAUGAUAUAUAAACCCGGAGUCCCGGCCGAUUCAAACGUAAAAUUUAAGAGAAAAUAAUAGAGAGUUUAAGCUUCGCGUUAUACGGGGCAAGCGGCAAACGCCAGGCGAAGAAAAAUUUUACGGUAUCGGGCAAUAAAGAGUAAGUGAACUUGCUGUUUUAAAACUGAAAUACAGAAUUUUUCUUUCGACGCAAGGAAGAAAAUAUGAAACGAAAACGUUCAACGAAAAUUUUGCCAAGAAAGUUCGAACCUGCCGUUUGCCGUUCCCGAAAACGCGAAGCUUAAACUUCCUAAUAAAGCAAACAUUUUAAAGUUCAUUCUUUAAGCUUUUCCACGGUAGGUUACGUUUGAAGUUUCCGCAGUAUUGAAUCA